AGCGGUCAUGUCACCCCCUCGCGGUAUGACGGGUCAUGGUCCCCGCGAAUGGGCGGCAUUGACCUCUCUGACUGACUGAGAUGCGGAGUGGAGGUAUAUAAGAUGGCUUGGGCCGGGGUACUGGGGCGCAGAGUCUGGUGGAUAUCAAGGGUUGAUUGAUUUAUUCCUACGAUGGAUUCGGCUGAGGUCUACGAUUAUAUUGUCUGUGGAGGAGGCACUGCCGGCUGCGUCGUCGCCGGUCGACUGGCGGAGAACUCGAAUGUUCGGAUUCUCGUCAUCGAAGCAGGGCAGCAUAACAAGGAUUUGGAAAAUGUGCAUAUGGCUGGCGGAUGGUCAAAUAACUUCGAUUCGGAAACCGACUGGAACAUUGUCACGCCGUCGAUGAAAGGAGUCGACGAUCGCCAAGUCAAGCUCAGUCGCGGUCGGUUUUUAGGCGGCUCUUCCGGUUGCAAUGGCACGCUAUGUGUGCGAGGAAGUCCGCAGGAUUACGACGAUUGGGGUCUGGAGGGAUGGAGCGGAGAAGAGGUAUUCGCGGCGAUGAGAAAGGCAGAAACCUUCCAUCCCAAAGACUGGCACCAGGCAGAUCUCAAAAGCCACGGCACCUCAGGCCCCUUGCAUACCGAACCGCAUGAUCUGGCUCCCAUCGGAAACCUGCUUCUGGAUUCGUUCGUCUCGCAGGGCCUGCCGCUUCGUCAUGACAUGUUCAGCACGGGGGAUGUUCCGCAUGGAUGUGGCCAUGUGCCGCGGACAGUACAUAAGGGAAUCCGAUCGACGUCUGCUGACUAUAUAACGAAGGACUAUCAUCGUGCAAAUGUCACUAUCCUCACGGACACGACCGUCGAUCGCGUAACCCUACAAAAAGGUGCCGAUGGACUUCGGGCAACGGGCGCAGUCGGCAUCUUUCCCGAUGGCUCGUCGCGGAUCUUCAAUGCUCGAAGGGAGGUUAUCAUCUCGGGGGGUGCCUACUGCAGUCCGGCUGUUCUCAUGCGGUCCGGGAUCGGUGCACGUCAAGAGCUCAAGGAUGUUGGGAUCCCAUGCAAUAUUGACUUGCCGGGCGUAGGAAAGAACCUAAUGGAUCAUCUGAUCGUGUUCAUGUUCUACGAGACCGAAAAGCCGGGCCUAACAAACGACUAUCACGUCUACCACGACGGCAACUUCAAUAAAACAUACGCUCAAUGGAAGGAACACAAGUCCGGGUUCCUAUCAACCUUUCCAUUCGGCUCCUUCGCCUUUGCCCGUCUCGACGACCGUCUUAAAGACGAGUCAUUGUGGAAAACCGCCCCCCGAGAACCAGGACGAGACCCGAUGGGACUGACGCCCAAACAGCCUAACGUUGAAUUCUUCAGCACGGAAUGCUACGGCGGUCCGAAGCAAUACGACCAGUUCCCGAUCGACCAUAAACAUGCCUUCUCGAUCAUCGCGGAAUUGUUUGCCCCCAAGUCUCGCGGGACGGUGACUUUAAAGUCUAGGGAUCCAAUGGAGAACCCGGUUGUCGACUGCAAUUAUCUAGCUGAUCCGAUGGAUCUAUUGGUCCUGUCGGAGGCGUGUCGAUUCGGCAAUGAGAUUGUGAUGCAGGGUGCCGGCACGAAGAAUAUUGUGAAGGGAUCAUGGCCUCCGAAUCUUUCGCAUCAUAAGUACAAGACCCGUGAGGAAUGGGUGCCGUAUGUCAAGCAGCAUGCCACGACGUGCUAUCAUGCAUCCGGGACAUGUGCAAUGGGAGCCGACGACAACCCGAUGGCCGUACUAGACAACAAGCUCCGCGUUCAAGGGGUUGCCGGCCUGCGGGUAGCGGACACGAGCGUGAUGCCGGUGCUUUGCGGCGGACACACGCAGAUGGUAGCAUACGGGAUUGGCGAGCGCUGUGCGGAUUUCAUCAAGGAGACAUGGAACGAGGGAAGGAAAGAGGAGAGAACAAGACAAGGGGAGGGACAGGGGAGGGUGCUUACCCGGGCACACCUUUAGGGGACGGUGUUUGACUCUCACGCGAGUUAUGAUGUCUAUGCUUUCCGUCUAAGGUUCAUAGUUGAUGGAGUCAUGGAGAUAUCCUGCCAUGAACUUUCUUGACCGGGAAGUUGUCUGAGGGUUGCUGAAUGGACAGGUCUCAUCGCAAGGUGGUUAACCGACUCUCUACCGCUUUUGUGGGUUUCAUGAUAUACUGGGAACCAUGUACAAUUGCAGACGGUCGGAGUAAUGAGGCGAAUAUGCCAUUCUGCCUUGGUUGAUCCUAUCACGCCAUGCCAACGAUUCAACGUGCCUAACAAGACCCCGGUAUUCAUCUCCAAAUUAUCAAGUUGGGGGUCGCCACAUCACCCAAGACAUUGUCGAUCGAUCAUUUUCAGGCAAUAGUCUGGCAAAUUAGCAGAUUACAUUGGUCAAACCGUGCGAAAUGACGACGCUUCAAUGACUCGUGAGUGUCUCUAGCCAUCUCUAGACAAUCAGAUUAGCAUCUGAGUUCUCGACAUCAGUUCCGUAGUCUUACCUGGACAUACUGUACUCCGUAGAAUCACUCGAAUCACCAGAGGCGUGUGAACGUCGCCACUUUGCGGCAAAUCGCAAUGCAACAUUCAGCCACAUUCUGCAGGCCGAGCGCGUGGAGAGAAAGUGAGACAUCCGGCUGAAGUGGAUAAAGACUACGCCCCCUUUGAACUUUCCGAGGCUUGUCCCGAGUUCCCCGUACAGGGCGGCAGACUCAGUUGACGUUGAGUUAAUAGAUUGACGCUGCACGAGUUGCAUAACCAUGGCUUCAGCUGCCUGGAGUCCUUAGGCAGUAGCAUCAGACAAACGAUGCAAUCGAGACAUUGCAGACAAACAGGUCAAAGUAACUACCUCCCGAAGCAACUCUCACUAGUUUCCUUUGACUACCUCGCCUACAAACUCGACAGUCGACGAUCGCUCUAAGAUUCGGGCCCCAACAGGUCGGUGAGACCUCAUCCGAUACUUGCGUCCUCACGGAUGUCUGCGUCAGGAAAAGAAAUGCAUGUCUCAAAAGGUGCAGGGCGACGGCAAAUAUUGGACCAAGUCCUUCCGACGCCUGCCUUGCAACGUCGUGGACUUGGCUAAGCCGGCUCUCCAGGAAAUCCCAUGAGACAUUUGGUGGAGAUGUGAGACUAGCGGCUGCCAGUGGAGAAGCUAGUGACGACAUUGUGUCGAUCCUUGCUGUCUUUUGUCGUCGGCUGUCGACGCCGUAUUUCGUAGUUCCGGCCUGUUUGAGGGAGUCCCUUUCCCAGUCCUCUUGGGGUCUCGUCCCAGAUUUCCUUCCCCCGAACUUUCUAGGGGAAAUCAAUGGAUUGGCCAAAAAUAAUCGAUUGGUUUUUGCUGGAACGGGCGCUGAUCAUGCUCUAUUCUUGACGCGCAGGUUGAUUCCAGAAAAUUGGGAUCGGGAAAAAGGAGUGAAUACCUGAUCCCAGAAAAGACCGCUGAGACAUGGCUCCACUUGAGCUUCACUGCUGGAUUGUGUGAUGAGGGAUCAGGUUCGUGACGGGAAUUCUGGUAUAAAUACCUCCGGUUGUC